UACUCUAAAAUUAUGGAGCUCAGUAAACAGCGGACUCGUACUGUGGUCAUUGCUCUGGACGGCAGUUCUCACUCAGAUUAUGCAUUUCAAUGGUACAAUGAACACUUCAGGCGCCCUGAUGAUGAAGUUGUUCUGGUUCACUGCUCAGAGAGACACCAGGCUUUCCACGCAGCUAUGGGAACGGCUGACAUACAGUCAGUUUGUAAUAUUUUGUCGGAAGAAGAAGAAACAGAAGAGAAGUUAAAGACACAAUUUGAAAAGAAACUGAAGUCAUACGGGAUGUCUGGAAGCGUGAAAGCUUCCUAUGGAAAGCCCGGUGAAGUCAUCAUUACUGUUGCUAAUGAAGUACACGCCAGCAACAUUAUCGUUGGUAGCCGUGGACACGGGAAGAUGCGUCGUACAUUUCUGGGCAGUGUGAGUGAUUACGUAGUACACCAUUCGGAAGUACCCGUCACCGUGUGUCGUCACAAGUACCACGCCUCUCAUAACACAGACCACUAGGAGGAGGAUGUCCGCAGCGCUGUCAGUACUACUUGGGGCGGUGCACGCCUGAUAAAUCUCCAGUAACGACUAUGUAAAUCUGUAUCGUAAUUUAGGGAAUAACUAGCCCCUGUCUUCAAAUAUGUAGACGUUAAUUACUAGUAAGCGUCAUAUGCUUAUCUUUUAUCUAAUAAUUUUUCUCAUUUUUUUCUUUUGACAUCAAAUGUGCAGGUAAAAAGUGACAGUAUGCUGAGAGAUUGAAUACCGCUUAUAAGAUCAGCACAAUACAUGGUGAAAAAAUUACUAUCGAUUAUAUUUACAGUACAUUUAAAUGUGAUUGUUUGAAAACACUAGUAUUGUUAUAUAUCAUUUCAUUCAUCUAAUAUAUAAUAGCUGCCACAACUAUAAUUGAUCAGACUUGUGUUGCACUGUCAUGUAACGUAUUGUUGUGGGUGAUAUUGUGACGUCAACAAUACUGAUUCAGUAUAUGAUGCACAAGUUUUCACAUUAUUAAAGUCACGCUGGAGUGUAAAAUAUUGCUGGCCUAAUGGUUGCAAUAGGAGUUUUACCGGUAAUGUGGUAAAUCAAAACUCUUUUGUACGACCGCUAAACCAGCAUCAACGUCAACAAAUCUAAAAAUAGAGGCUAGUUAUUCACAAAUCUAAAACUAGAGGCUAGUGAUUCACAAAUCCAAAAAUAGAGGCUAGUUAUUCACAAAUCUAAAAAUAGAGGCUAGUUAAUCACAUUUUGAUACAACUCGCAAUAUUUUAUUUGAUGUUUUGUUUCGUUGUAUCGUUUUGUUCAUAAAAUAUGCCACAAAAUCUUUA